UUUAUCCUCAAUUCACUUGAUCCUCUCAAAGAGAAGAAGAAAGAAGCUAAAGCUAAAAGUGAGGAAGUAUUGGGAAAACUUGGGCGAAAUUUAAAAUUAAACGAAUAUGAAGAGGUGAUCUUGUCAGAAGUAAUCUUUUCUGAUGAAAUAGCCGUUGAUUUCAAGCGUCUUGAUUCAAUCAUUCAAUCUCUCCGCGAGUCUGUUAUAUAUCCAUUAUGUUAUCCACAAUUGUUUACUUCAACGUCAGGACUGUUGGGCGUCCCCAAAGGAGUAUUGCUUCAUGGUCCACCAGGAUGUGGUAAAACUAUGCUUGCCAAAGCCCUAGCCCGGGAAUCCGGUGCUACUUUUAUAAAUCUUCAUGUUUCGACGUUGACAGAUAAAUGGUUUGGAGAAUCAAAUAAAUUAGUUGCUGCAGUUUUCUCUGUCGCUAAAAAGCUUCAGCCAUGCAUUAUUUUCAUUGAUGAAAUCGAUGCUUUUUUGAGAGAAAGGCGAAGUAACGAUCAUGAGGAUAAUUUUGAUUAUGAUAAAUUAGUGUCUCAAACGGCUAACUUUUCUGGUACACUAUUGUCAUCUAUUUGUCUCUUUUCCCUUUUAAGUAUUAAUAUCAAUUUUACGUUUUCAAAAGGAAGUGAUUUGAAAGAAGCAUGCCGGAAUGCUGCUAUGAUUCCGAUCAGAGAAUAUAUGCGGGAUCAUGCUACUCCAGAGGGCGAUUUGAAGGAUAUCGAUCCGAAG